AGAGAGCAGCCGGCUCGCUGUGGCUAGGGCGGGCUGCUGACCCACAUGGCUCUGGGGCUCUCGACCACAUCUCCUUUAGGCUGCCGCUGCUGCCAUAGCUCUAGUUAAUAGUUCUACUUAAUCUGUUAACAUUUUCCCCAUUCUCAGCAUACGAUCUCUGAGUGCUAACAUGAAAAACAACCAUCGCGGCAAAGCCAAACUUACCUCCUGACGCUGCAGAGAUGAGUGGAUGCUGAUGGGCCAUGCUCCAGGCUGCAUGGCAGAGCCCUGACCUGGGUCCUCAUCCGGUCUCCCAUGGUUCCUCAUCUGCAAAACAGCAUCAAAUGCAUCCUGCUGUGGUUUGCUGAACGUUGAGUGAACGGCUGCGCUGUUCACUGACAGGCAUAAUGGCUGUCAAACGUUGUUCCUUUCUCUUUUGCAACAGAAAAUUAGCAGCAGCUUCUGAAACACAAAGAGGAGGCAGGUUUGGGCUGCUCUUAGAACAUCGUGUCUCUCUGCAUGUUCAUCUCUUGCUUUUGCAGUAUGGAUUUAUAAAUACAUGCCUGAAGUCUCUGGUGGUUGAGAAGUACGGUGAAGAAACAUGGGAAAAAUUAAGACUGCAGGCUGGUGUCCAGGAUUCUUUCUUGACUUUUGAGGUUUACAAAGAUGAGAUCACAAUGCAGCUUGUUGACAAAGCCUGCAAAAUAUUAGGUGUUCCUGCUGACGUGGUUCUGAAAGAGUUUGGAGAGUAUUUCUUUGAGUUCUGCAAACGUUCAGGUUAUGACCACAUGCUGAGGACCCUGGGUGGAAACCUCUAUGAGUUCAUAGAGAACCUGGAUGCACUCCACAGCUACCUGUCUCUUUCUUACCAGGAGAUGAAUGCACCAUCUUUUAGAGUUGAAAAGAAUGAAGAUGGAUCAAUGCAUCUACAUUACUAUUCAGACAGAAGAGGUCUGUGCCACAUUGUGCCAGGAAUCAUUGGUGCAGCAGCCCUGGAUUUCUUUAACAUUGAGAUUUCAAUGGAAAUAGUUAACCAAACAGAAGAAGAAGAAAGAACUGGGAAAAAAGAACAUAUUGUUUUUCUUGUUACUCAAAACCCUGUAUUUUCAUACAAGGAAAGAAGUGAAUUUUCAUGUCCAUCUCAGUAUCUUGAUGAUGCUGAUAAGCAAGUUGAGAACCAAGCGAAUAAAGAGGACCUUGAAAAAGCCAAGAAUACAGCUAAAGACAGAGGGAGCUCUGUUUGUCCUGUCAAGAAAAGUCACUGGAAAACUAUAAGAGGAAUAAUCACAUUAGGAAAAGGUAAGCUCCUGAGAGGAUUUGAUCCUGUCUAUCCCAAGAGCCUCUGGAUUGACACAAAAACAUUUUGCAAUGGACUUCCUUUUCAUAUGGUUUUUGACAAAGAGCUCAGAGUGAAGCAAGCUGGGGUGAGCAUUCAAAAGAUCGUACCUGGCCUUCAGACCACGGGCAUCUGCUUGGAUCAAUAUUUCUGCAUCGUACACCCAGAAGUGCCCUUCACCAUUUCUAGCAUUCAGAAAUUCAUCAACAGCCAAUUUGUUUUCCAGACCAGAAGAGAGAUGAUGCCAGAGUCAUGGAAACAUCGGCCAAUGCUAGAGCUGAGAGGCCAGAUGAUCUGGAUGGAGCCCCUGCAAUGCAUGCUCUAUCUCUGCUCGCCUUUGCUUCGCACGUUGCAUGAGCUGGAGGAGCGCCAGAUGCACAUCGCGGACAUCGCCCCUCACGACGUGACCAGGGACUUGAUUCUUCUCAACCAGCAGCGACUGGCGGAGAUGGAGCUCUCCAACCAGCUAGAGAGGAAGAAGGAAGAGCUGCGGAUACUCUCCAAGCACCUAGAGGAAGAGAAGAAAAAGACUGAGGCUCUGCUCUAUGCCAUGCUUCCUCAGCAUGUGGCCAACCAGCUGAAGGAGGGGAAGCAAGUUGAGGCAGGAGAGUUCAAGGAGUGCACCAUAUUAUUCAGUGACGUUGUGACCUUCACCAACAUUUGUGCCCAGUGUGAGCCAAUUCAGAUUGUCCUCAUGUUAAACUCCAUGUACCUGCGCUUUGACAGGCUGACCACGGUGCACGAUGUGUACAAGGUGGAGACAAUUGGAGAUGCCUAUAUGGUAGUAGGUGGGGUCCCUGUGCCUGUACCCACUCACGCCGAGCGAGUUGCCAACUUUGCCUUGGGGAUGAUAAUAGCAGCUAAAGGAGUACAGAACCCAGUCUCUGGAAGUCCUAUCCAAAUAAGAGUUGGGAUCCAUACAGGUCCUGUCCUGGCUGGAGUUGUUGGAGAAAAGAUGCCUCGUUACUGCUUGUUUGGAGACACGGUGAAUAUAGCUUCCAGGAUGGAGAGCCAUGGUGUCCCAAAUAAGAUCCACCUGAGCUCCAGUGCCUACCAAUGCCUAAAAUACAAGAAUUUUGAGAUGACUGAAAGAGGAGAAAUAGAAGUAAAAGGCAAGGGGAAAAUGCACACAUACUUCCUCAUCAGAAACAAAACUGCAACUGAGAAUGAGAUUAUGGGAAGGCCAGUGAAAGACUUAGAUUCUGGCCCUGAAUCUGUUCAGCCCUUUCAAGAAGGAAGGGCUGAAGCAAUACCAAGUUGUCAUCAGACAGUUGCUCAAACUCAGCCAGAGAAGGACCAGACCCCAGCCAUUGCCAUGAAGUACAGUGAUGGCCCCACAGAUGCACCAAGCAGCCUCACAAGAAGAAAUCAAGCAAAAAUUGCAAAUUUAACAGGCAAAACUUGUGAUUCCAAAGGCGAUGGGAGUCUCCAUGGCAACCAGCAGGCAGAGGAUGGUCCUUGUCCUCCAGACCGGGGAAGAGUCAAACCUGCUGCCCAAGAGCCACAGCUUGGAAACGUUCGCUCUAAUUUUUGCACUCUGCUCUAAGUUUCUUGCUUUUCUUUCUCUUUUU